CAAAGAACAUCAUAUACACACAGACGAUGGAUUGGUUCUCAUGGCUGUCUAAAACCGACCUUGAUCCGACCCUAAGCUACGAGUACGGACUCAUCUUCGCUCAAAAGAAGCUCCAGAGUGAAGACAUAGCUCUUUUCAACCACAACUUUCUCCGGCGACUUGGUAUUACUGUAGCCAAACACCGCGUAGAGAUUCUCAAACUCUCAAAGAGAGAAACACAAGCACUUAGCUCCUAUCAGCAUCGUCCCUUCUCGACCAAACUCAUAUCCGUCGUCAUCAAGGCCACCAAAAGUGUCGGCAAUCGAUUAAAUAAAUGGCUUUAUCUCGGAGGAACUGCCGUGGUUGAACCGCUUAAGGAGAAACAGUCGCCGACGCGAGCCUGCCGUACCGCAACGUUUUUGACUGGUAAUAACAAUAAAGUCAAUGCUGAAAAAGCUGAGGUACAAGUGGAGAGAUUACCUGUGAUCAAGAGGAAAAUGAUAGCGAAAUCUGGACCGUUGGAUCUAAAACAUGGAAUGCAAGAGAAAAUGACGUUAGUAAGCAACCGAAGCAUGAACCUAUCUGGACCGUUGGAUCGAAGUGUGCAAGAAAGACUCAUAUUAGCUUAUAGAAGCCCUGUUGUGUCGGGACAGUUAGAUGGAAACUUAAACGAACGGUUGAGAUUAUCAGGGCCGUUGAAAGGAAGACCACCGAGCCCAAGUGUGUAUGUGGAGUAUAAUAAAAGAGACGAUGACACACGAUGGGAUGCUAUGUUUCAUAACUUGAAGCCUACGUAGAUCUUGAGUAGAAAUUGUUUUUGUUUUAGUUUGUAAAAUGGAUGUACUUAAAUGUGUGGAAUAAUAAAACUAUUACCCUCUGGUUUAAGAAAACAAAAAAUGAUUU